AUGGUGGCAGCUGACAUUCCAAGCUUCCUUCCCUCAAUGUCCUUUCGUCAGAGGAGGGUGGAUAGAAACGAUGACUACAGUACCAGCGAGGGGAGCAUGAAGGCCUUCAUGAACGGAAUGAUGGCUCCCUUUACAAGCUGUUGGCAACCACCAAUGGAAUCGUGUACCCCUGCAAAUACGGCGAUGUAUUCAUGCUUUGAGCAGCAUCCUGCAGUCGUAUCACCGGGGCGUCCACGCAACGUCCCGCAUCCAAAUUCUUCUUGCAGGGAAGUACAUUCCCCACAUGGGGAGCCCGCUUCGAACAUAGAUGUCGAGAAUCCUCAUGCACACGAUGUGCUUUGCGGUCGAGGUGGUAGCAGCAACCGGCACCUCGGAAACAUGCACUUCCGAGAGCUUGUUGCCGCUAACAAGAAGACAUAUGUCGGACUCACCAAAAAACAGAAGAUGUUGGUCGCUAGAAAGAUUGUUGAUCUGGUUGGUCGCACCAAUCCUCCAGGUCGUUUUCUAGCAAAAGACUCUGCUAGUGGACUCUGGUACAACAUUGGGGUUCCGCGAAGCCUUGAAAAAACUUCACAGGCCCUUAGGGAAAAAAACUCAAACGACUUACCAGAUGUUGUACAAAGUAGUGGUUCAGCGGUACAAGCAUUAAUCAAGGAGGGUUCUUCCAGCAAAUCUAAAGAUUCCAAAAGUGUUGAAGCCCCACCACUCAUAGUUCCAUCGCAUCUGAAGGAGAUAUAUUGCCAAGACAAUAUGGUAGGCUCCGAGAGUCCCAGGUGGCCUAUUCAUGACUCGCAAGUUCCCAGAAUGCAGCAGUCGCGUCUACGAAGUCCAUCGCUCAACUGUCCCAAAAGCCCUCCCCACACCUACCACCAUGCCCCACCACGAAUGAAUGAUCCUCGACGAAUGGACAGUCCUUCGAGUCCUCAUUAUGGCACUCACCAAUAUCAACAUCUGGAAUCUCCCAUGCUUGACUACAGAGAUCAUUACGAGUAUUAUGGCAGAUCUGAAAGACAAUAUGGACAGAUUCACACCCUAUUGCAACCGCCCCGGAGAUAUCGACCAUAUCCUCAAACUCCUGUUCACCACCAAAUGCGAAGCCGUUACCAACAUAAUCAAAGCCCGCGAACUGUCACGGCUAGUUCACAAAUGGCAGUGGUGCCGUCAACACCUCGGAGGUACCACUUUGACAAUGACCCUUGCGGUUUUGGGCGGCCUUAUUUGCCUUCAACACCCCCCAAUAGGCCGAUGGCAGUCCCUGCCUCAACCCCCGUGGCAUGCAGGUCGUCAUCUAGUCACUUUGUCAGGGCAAGAUCAAAUGCGUCACCUGAGAGAUCCCAAGACGUUAAACGGCAGCGAAGGGAAUCAGGCGUAGCACGUCGUCUUUCCGAUGCAUCGUUAUCCACGAAGGUGCAAGAUUAUCUUUCUCUAAAAGAUAAGCCCAGAAGUGACGUUGAUCGGUGCUUCGAUAUCAAGUCUCCUUCAGGCCUGCUGCAAGGAAGAGAACACCGCUCGUCGAUGAAGAGCGGUAGUGGUAAAGUCGAAACAAACACCCCGGCUGGGUUUUCAGGACUUGCAGCCUUGUCCACAGCUGCUUUCCUAAAGCUUGACGAGACUCCUUGUUCUUGA